UAAUGCAGAGCACCUAAGUCCGUCUUAGUUUCAGAACCAAGAUUCAAAUACCUCGGCUCCCCGAAGCCCUAAACCCCAAGCUCCUCUCCCGCCACUCUCUUUCUCUCUCUCUCAGUGGAUCACCACAUUUCUCUUUGGUCGGAAUAUUCUCUUUCCCGCGGAUUCCGAUGGGCGGCGGUCCUAGGACGUUCCCGGGUGGGCUGAACAAAUGGCAAUGGAAGAGGAUGCACGAGAAGAAGGCGAGGGAGAAGGAGAAGCAGCUGCUCCAACAGGAGAAGCAGCUCUACGAGGCCAGGGUCCGGUCGCAGAUCAGAAGCCAGUUUGCUGGGAGCGCCGGGGUGCCGGCGGGGGGAUCGGGCGGGGCACAGUUUGGGGCAAUGACGCCCGAAGGUCACGUGAACGCACUCGCGGAUCGCUUCAAGAAGGCCGGGGCGGAGGACCUCUGGAAUGAAGACGAUGGACCGUUGGAGGAUCCUGUUACUCCAGCGGAGGUGCCGGGUCCGGCUCGGCAUCCGUCGGGGUCAUGGGUGCCAUCUUUGUCCAGGAGCCGUGGCUAUGUCCGUUCAGAGAAUUGGGAGAAUUCUAAGCAAUUUGCAUCGCGGAGGGGGUUUUCAAGCCUUUCGCGGAUGGAUACCUCGUUGGAUUGUUGGAAGGAUCGUUUUAGGCCCACUGUCAGGGUCUCGGGAUGGAAAUGGAGUGAUAGUUUUACUAUGUUCGGUUUGCGGAGAAUUGGCGGUAUUUUUGUUGGAAAUGGUACGUGGAGAGAUUGUUCAACGCUUUCCACAGGAAGGUCUUGUUCGAAUUUACACGGAGACGAAGGAUCAAUGCGAUUCGAAAUGGCAUUGAGGGGUAACGGAAAGCAUAGCGUCACGGUAGGGAUUAACUCGAGAAACAUUGGGGAGAUUAAUCGUGGAAAAUGUUUUCCGAGGCAGUUUUCCAUGUCUGUACUAUUGGAAGCAUUUCCAGCACAUACGAGAGAAGAUUCACUGUCGUGGUUGCCAAUGGUUCAUAAUCUAUGCGGGAAGACUAUUUGUUUAAAUUCUAUUAUCCCGGGGAGAACUGGUAGAAUUUCUUUGGAGGGUUUGUCUUGGAGGUAUUAUUCGAGUUUCACGGGAAACAGUGGUAUGUUUAAGAAAGAUCCCUCCUUGGAUUACAGAACCGAUCGCGGCAUAUCCGAGAAGGAUAUGAAUAUGGCUUGGUCAAGGUCAGACUCUGACGAGGAAGGGGAGGCGGAUGAUUUUCAAGAAGGGGUUAGCACCAGGAAGGCCUUCGCUGGAGGCGUCUUGAGGAAUCACGAUCCAAAGAGGGAGAGGAGAUUCCCAAAGCCAGGGGAAGCUGAAAAUGAAUUUUCUCGGUCCAUAAGAAUGCAAUUGCAAAGUGGGGAUUUCUUAUCCAGAGUCGCGGGAGGAAGAAUUCGGGAGAAGGAGGAAUCAUUACUCAGCGAGAAAAGAUUUGAUGAAUAUGACAUUUCUCCCUUGACAAUUAAAGCACUUUCUUCAGCUGGUUAUACACAAUUGACAGUGGUACAAGAGGCUACACUUUCUAUCUGCCUUGAAGGCAAAGAUGCACUUGUUAAAGCUAAAACUGGUACAGGGAAAACUGCAGCAUUUUUGCUUCCUGCAAUUGAAGCAGUUCUGAAGGCUAGUCCUAGCAGUUCGGAGCAGAGACUGCACCCAAUACUCGUGCUUGUUCUUUGCCCCACUCGGGAGCUUGCAAGUCAAAUUGCAGCAGAGGCAAAUGUUAUGCUAAAAUACCAUUGUGGAAUUGGUGUCCAAACAUUAAUUGGUGGAACACGCUUUAAGGAUGACCAAAAGCGGCUGGAAUCAGAGCCUUGUCGGAUUAUUGUUGCAACUCCUGGCAGGUUAUUGGAUCAUAUUGAGAACAGAUCUGGCUUUUCUGUGCGUUUGAUGGGUCUCAAAAUGCUUGUCCUAGAUGAGGCAGACCUUCUACUGAAUUUGGGAUUUCGUAAAGACAUAGAGAAGGUUGUUGAUUGUGUUCCACGACAGAGGCAGUCAAUGCUAUUUUCUGCUACAAUUCCCAAAGAGGUACGCAGGAUUUCUCAACUGGUUUUGAAGAAGGAUCAUGUUUAUAUAGAUACUGUAGGGUUGGGAAGGCAAGAGACACAUGCAAAGGUUUCACAGUCGUACAUAGUUGCUUCUCAUGAAGAUCACUUUCAGAUAGUUCCUUGCAUAUUAAUGGAUCAUAUUAAGGAAGAGCCAGACUAUAAGGUUAUUGUUUUCUGUGGGACGGCAAUGGUAACAUCACUCAUGUAUCACCUCCUUCUAGGGUUAAAAAUGCAUGUUAAGGAAAUUCAUUCCCGAAAACCUCAGCUUUAUCGUACUCGUAUAUCUGAUGAAUUCCGUGAAUCGAAGAGGCUUAUUCUUGUAAGUUCAGAUGUUUCAGCACGUGGAAUGAACUAUCCUGAUGUUACACUGGUUGUACAGGUUGGUAUACCAUCUGAUCGUGAACAAUACAUUCAUCGUCUUGGUCGUACGGGCCGUGAAGGGAAAGAUGGUAAGGGUGUGCUGCUUCUUGCACCAUGGGAGGAGUAUUUCUUGGACGAAAUAAAGGAUCUGCCCAUUCAAAAGUCCAUGGUACCUCAGAUAGAUCUGGAUCUCAGGAACAAGGUGGAGCAUUCACUGGGAAAGAUCGACACCAGCAUCAAGGAAGCUGCAUAUCAUGCGUGGCUUGGAUUUUACAAUUCCAUUAGAGAAAUAGGUAGAGACAAAACCACAUUGGUCGAGCUUGCUAACCAGUUCUGUGAUUCGAUCGGCUUGAGGAGACCUCCGGCCAUGUUCAGGAAGACGGCAUCAAAAAUGGGUUUGAGGAACGUCCCUGGAAUACAAAUCAAGAAAUAGAUUUUGCUUCAGAUGCGUCAUUGCAAUAGAACAGAAAGAAAAAACAAGGCCUAGCCACAAAAUAGGUAAACUUGGAUGGUUGGAAUUUUUUUUACUUGUAAGGGCAGGCAUCGGGGUAAGCCAGCAAAAUCACUGGCUCAUUGAUCAGGCAUCAGCGUAAGGAAGUAUUUUCUGUGGAUGGGAAAAAAAGGUUCCAUGCACCCCAUAAAUAUUCCGAUGCUGAAUUUCUUGACUGAGCAUAUCAAUGCAACAAUGCAUGUUGAGGGUUUGGUUGUGGUCCUGCAAGGAGCUCUGUUCUUAAAGAGAUAGGCAGGUAAGUGUUUUUUUUCCCAAAGGGAAAAAAUUUGCAAAAUCUCUGUUUAUCAGCAGUUGUAACUUUUGGAAGGCAUUAAUCUCCUGCUGACAAAGUGGUUGGUUGAUGGGCCCCAUGCUUCGGAGGAAUGGGUGUGAAACACCACGCCCCUAGUUGUUGUUGGACAGUUUGUGGUCACACUGUAUGCUUUCACUGCUAAAUUUUGAUCCGGAUGGUACCAUUCAGGCCCUGCAGUAGCUACAUGAGUAGUUGUGCUGUUACUACCAGUUGUGGUGAGCUUACGUUCACUGUAAACAGGGGAAGCUUCCUGGUGGCAUCAUUCUGUGCAUAGUACGUAGCACUUUGAACGUUUUUGCCCAGGCUGAACCUAAUGGCGUCCCCACAAGUUGCAGCAAAGUUAAAAGAGAUGAUGGAGUGGCACUGCAUAGAAAGGGGGAGUAUGGCUGGAAACUGCCUCAGUAGCAAAAUGCUGAGCAGUUUGUAAUGAAUAUAUAUUACACCUUGAGCUGCUAGAAUUGUCUGCUCGAAGUAGAUUUGUGUCUUUCCCUCAAGUAGAUAAUUAAUUAUUAGUAUUACCAUUUGGUAAUUUAUUUUCUCUUUCUAACAA